CUGUGUCCUUAGUUGGAUCUUUCAAAGUCGUAUUUGUGGUGGUGAUCCAUGUUUGCAAAGCCAUUCUGUGUUAAUAAUUAAAUUAAAGGUUAAGGCUGUCUCAGAAGUGUGGCUAAUUUGUCUUUUGGUCGUAACACCACCUCUCUUGUUUUUAUCUCCUCAGUUUGAAGGUGAGAGGGCUGGGCACUUGGGAAGGGACGACAUUGCUUCAACCCAACAAGGAUUUUUUUCCAACCUCUGCUUUCCCCCCUUCCCCUUCCCCUCCAUUCCACUUCCUUCUUCCUACCUGACAUCUGCACAGUUCUCCAGUACCUGCCUAUACCUGCGAGUGAGAACAUCCUGUCCCACUCAAGCCCCCCUUGUUCCCUAAAUCACCAAUGGAUCAGAGGACACAGGGGGGGCCCUCUACGCCGCCCCCGCUCCCUGCCAACGCCCCUCCAGCAGAAAGCGAGAAAGAGGGAGUAGGAGGAAAGAAGGACGAUGAAGAGGAAAAGAAAAAGCGAGAGAAACCAAGAGAUGGGGCACAAAGUGAAACUUGUGGUGCUGAAAGUGGGACUAGUGACCAGCAGCAGCAACCCACACAGUUCUCGGUCAAAGAAACCAGUUACUCUGAGGGCAAUGUCAAGCUCAAGAUAGGCCUACAGGCCAAGCGCAUGAAGAAGCCUCCUAAGAUACUGGAGAACUAUGUGUGUCGUCCAGCCUUCCGAGCCACUGUAAGGCAUAGUGGAGGACGAGGUGGAGGCCGUGUUAAUCGUGGGGCCGGAGCCAAUGAUGGGAGCAGCCACACUUCUAGCCCAAGUCGUGGAAAAGAAGGAGAGAAAAGCCCCUCUGUCAGCCGAGGAGCACCUCUAUCAUCUAGUGCUCUUGCUGCUGCAUCUCCCUCACCUUCUCUUCCUCCUCCCGUUUCCACCAGCCCAGUCACUCCUGUGAAUGGAAGUGCUCCAGCAAAAAGGGCUCCUCCAAAACAUGCCUGUAAGUCUGAGGGAAAGGCUGAUGCAAAAUCUGUUGCUUCUUCAGAGAGACCCCUUAAUCUUCAUCGCCCCACGACAGAAAGCAAAUCACCCUCCUCUGGAAAGAAAAACCAUGUUCCACAAACCAACUCUGCUCCUGCCCCAUCGCCACCGACAAUGCCCCCACCUGCCACAUCGCAACAGGACCCCAAAACAGAUGGUAUCUUAACUCCUCAGUACAAUUUUCCUGAGGGGCAGAAAGAACAAGAAAGGGGAAUUUCUGCCUGGGGUACUCCUACAGUAACUGAGAAGCUUGCUCAGCUCAUAGCUACAUGCCCGCCUUCAAAGUGCCCUAAGCCAAAAGCCCGGAAGGUGUCACCAGCUCCAGCACACAGUAGCUCACCUCCCUUAAUUUCUAAUCUGCAGCGCCCCGAACGGGCUAUGGCCAAUAGGAACACCUAUUCCAGGGCGGUGCACCUUGCCCCACCACCACCGGUUUCACGGCCCCCAGGUCGCCCUUAUGGGUCCAAAAAUAAGGACAGUAUCCUGGAGAAAUUUUCUGGCACCUCUAGAAUAGACGAAUCAGAUGGAUUUUCAAAAGGGGCCACCAGUAGCAACAGCAGCACAACCACCACCACCACUAGUACUGCACUGUCUCAAAACAAUAGUCGCUUGACAACGUCAUCCACAAGUAAUAGCACUGACAACAGUACCACCAAUGGAAUGAAAUCUCAGUCUCAUCUUGGGCAUUGCCCAUCUCAUUCUUCCUUCACGGCUUCUCUUUCAUCACCACCAUCUUCCUCUUCUUCAUCCUCCUCCUUAGAAAGAAUAGGAAGUACAGGCUGUCACAUGGGUUUGCCAGGCUCACUAGCCUCACGGCCUAGAGCAAGCCCCUCCCAAAUAGAGGAGUUUACUGAGAAAGACAAAGAGCGUGACCGAGACAAAGACACGGACAGUCCCAGAGAUUUAAGUAAGGGCUCCACACUAGCAAUGCCAGGGAAGCAAGAUGCUAAAGAAAGGUGUUCUUUGUCAGCUCCUCGAAGUGAGCUGGGUAAGAGCUCAAGCCCAGUCAAACGUAGUCCCAAUCAGGAAAGUCGUGUUAGUGGGGUACCAAGUCCUGCUGAGUCCACCAAAUGCACUAUUUCACCUUCAUACCCUUCUGGAGCCAGCAGGAGCCCACCACCACUGUGCGAUGACACUGGGGCUCUAUCUCCUGCAUCACCAACUGAGCAGGAUUCCAAGCCUCUUAAGAAGCGGCGAGGACGACGGCCUCGCUGGACGAAGGCAGUGAGUCGCACCCACAAGACUUUACAUGAGGCUGCUUCUAACCAUCAGAAACCAAUGCCAUCAGGGCUUUCCUCCUCAUCCCCUACUCGGCAACCUGUGGAACGGACUCCCACUGGUAAUUGCAUGUCCCCUGUUGAUUCAGAAUUUUUUGAUUCUUCACCCAAGAAGAGGGGACGGCCCAAGUCCAAAAUGCCUCGGUUAGAUGCACCAGCACGUGGCCGCACCCCAAACAAACUGGUACCCUCAAAAGUCUACUCCAGUCUGCUCAAAUCUAAAGAAGAGCAGGAUCCCCCUGUUUUGCACCCUGAAGUGGACUUUAAUCCACCUAAACCCAUGCAAAGAAAGCGAGGGCGACCGAAGCGCUCACCACCAAACCUUCCACAAGAAACCCAGCCCCCAACACUUGCUCCUGAGUCAGGGGAUACUUCAGUAGGUGAAAAACCUUUCCGUAAUAAGGGCAACGGGCAGCUCAUUAUGAAGACGAUUAUAGGCAAAAUUAAUAAAAUGAAGACAGUAAAACGGAAGAGGCUCCUGAGCCAGAUACUGUUAGGGCCGAAACCAGGGACUGAGCAGGAAAGCUCCAGAAGCAGCGGAGCGCCAGGGGCUGGGGCUGCUACAAAACCACAGUCUUUAUCAUCACUUGCUGCUACAUUUGGGGGCAAAUUAGGACCCCAGAUCAACGUUAGCAAAAAGGGGACAAUAUAUAUGGGUAAAAGGAGGGGUCGUAAGCCAAAAACAUCAGCUAAUCCCUCCCCAGGUGCCCCCACGCCCCCUCCUGAACCUUUCUUAUCACCAAACACUUCAUCCCCACACCAUCAUCACCAGUCACAGACCUUGCAAAACCAGCAACACCAGUUGCCUCCGUCUGAGGUGUUCCCUUCCCCAUCACUCUCGCAGUCAAGUGGGGGCCAGAGUCCCAUUAGUGAUGCUAGUUUUGUUGAGCCUGGCUCAGUGCAUUUUUCAUCUCACCCACACUGCAGCCAUUCCCAUCAGGGCCACCACUCAUUCUCCUUUCCCCCACCUACUUUUUCAGCCCCCUCUGCUCGCACUGUAGCAAGCUCCUCAUCAUCCACAGCAAACCCAUCUCAAAAGAAAUCUUCUUGCCGGGGUUACCACCACCACUACCGGCAGCACUACCAUUAUCGAAAGUUUUCUCCUCCAAGGCCACUAUUGCCCACGUCUCCUGCUCCUCUUAGUGAGCUGAAGGAGGCCACACCUUCCCCAGUCAGUGAAUCACACAGUGAAGAGACAGUACCCAGUGACAGUGGCAUUGGGACAGACAACAACAGCACCUCAGACCGUGGGGAAAAGGCUGGUAGUGCAAGUGGCUUAGCUGGUCUAGGGGUCUCACAGGGUAUGGCAAGUGGACUCUUAAUGCCUGGUGUCAUAGGUCCAGCCAUGGGAGCUGGAAUGGGGCUUUCUUCGAGAGGUAGAAGGAGGCACUCAUCUUCAGUUCACUUGGAACGUCCCUCACCCACACCCUCCCCACUUGGAGCGAGGGCAUCACCUGAUACAAGAAGACCGCACCCAGCUGCCCCAUCUCCUGCUUUGGUUGGACAUAAAGAGAAGCACAAGCAUAAGUGCAAACGACGUGGACAUGGCUGCCCUAGCUAUGACAAACUAAAAAGGCAAAAGCGCAAACGCAAGAAGAAGUACCUGCAGCUGCGGUCACGUCGGCAAGACCCAGACUUUUUGGCUGAUUUGGAUGAGAUCUGUGUGCAGCUCAGUGAAAUACGAAUUGGUCAUCGCACACCUACACUUCGUUUAGGUAGCAGUUUGGGUCUGGGUGCUGGGGCAGCAGGCCCGGGCCGUGGGUCUACCUUGGGAAGUGCCAGAGCCAGCAGCAGCCUUGGAGGUGGAACCAAUCCACCACCACAUCACUAUCUACAUAGAGACCUCUUGCCCACAAUCUUCAGGAUCAAUUUUAGUGGAUAUUAUUCACCCCACCCAGCCUACCCAUGUGAUUCACUUCAUUAUGUCCGUAAGCCAGAUCUUAAAAAGAAAAGAGGGCGACCACCUAAGCUCAGAGAAUCUAUAUCAGAAGUACCUUUUGUACCUGGGCUAGGUUUUCCCCUCUCCAGCGGAGGUUUCUAUCACCCUUCUUAUGGUGUACCAUACUCUUCUGCCCCAUUGGGACUUGGCUACUAUCGUGGUUAUACCCCAGCAAGUGCCCUGUACCCCCACCCCCAUCACCAGGCUUCCCACUCUGGCCCAUCCCACCACGUUCAUUCCCCUUCUUUUCCUCCACCUCCGCCCCCUUCUUAUGUCCAUCAUCAUCACCCCUCUCACUUGCUUCUUAACCCCUCAAAAUUUCACAAGAAGAAACAUAAGCUGCUUAGGCAGGAGUAUCUAGGUGGUGGUCGUUCAUCAGUACUCUAUCCUGCAAUGUCGUCCGAGCUGUCAUUUGGCUGGCACCACAAACACAAGCAUAGGCACAAGCACCGUGAUCGCUGUGGGGAAGAGGAGGGUGAUGAUGUUGGUGGAGUUGUAGGUAGCAUUGGAGGCAGAAUUGGAGGAGGUGAGGGGUUGGGGGUCGGAAGAGGUGAGCGAGGGAGUGUAGAGUCCCUGCAGCGUUGCAGGUUCAGCCGAGAUGGCUCUGCUGACUCCAGUGCUAACAAACAGACAGCUUCUGCCAACUCCCCUUCCUCUUCCUCCUCAUCUUCUGCAGAACGGUACAAGCGAAAAGAAGCUUCUAUGUCUUGUCUUGGGCCUUCGCGACUGUCUUUGGGCAGCGUGAGCCGGGGGCAUCAUCCUGUUGACUCCUGGUUCAGGAUGGGAAGUUCUGAAACAGAUUACUCCAAACUCUCUAGAAACCAGUCCCUUUCUGGGUCUGGUGCAUUCUCUGAAGGACAUGUGCAAAAUACAGUCGAGUGCUCAGAGAGUGAUGAAGAAGAUGCUGCCUCCCCUAUUGAGGAGGCAGAGACCAGCCACCACACCAACUUGUUCACAUCUGCACUAUCUCGAACCUCCCUCAAAGGGAGUCGCAGCAAAAAAGGUGGAACAUCAGAGAGCCCUAGUCUUUCACGGUUGGAUCGGACGGUGAGAAGGGAUCGUUCCACAUCUGCAGAAAGAAGAGAGAUGGGAAAUGUGUCUGGCACACAGAACCGAGUUGGCCAAUCCAUUGUUCCUGAGGUUUCUGAGGGUCCCCAUCAUCGGCACCACCAUCACCACCACCCUCCCCUAUCCCUCUCACACUCUGCCUCUUGCCUUUCUCACUGCACUCUCGACCAGCCUGGAAGCGUCACAGCUCUCCGGCCCUCUAGCCGCCAGGCUAGUCCCUCCACGUGCUCCUCCCAGCCUGCAUGCUGUCGUGACUCCCCCCCUUCGCAUCACUCCCAUCGGCCCCCUCCCAAAAACAACCUGCACCAUGUCAACAAGAUCCUUCGUGCGAAGAAGCUCCAGAGGCAAGCACGCACAGGAAACAACAUGGUGAAAAAACGAGGUCCAGGCCGUCCCCGCAAGCACCCGCUGCCCUCGCCUCCCCCGUCGCCCCCACCACAGACAUCUGAACAAGAGAACCACCCUUUACCUGAAAGGCACAGAGGAAGUGUGCUUUGGGAGGGAGACACCGUGGUUGACGUCAUUGAGUCUGUAAUACAGAGUCAGCGCAGAAAGGGACGCAAGAGAAAACGCUGGGAAAGGGAGACAGAAGGAGGCGACGAGGAAGAAGAGGAACCGGCAGAGGAAAGAGAGGGGGAGGAAGAAGAAGAAGAACGACCAGCUGCUAGAGAGGAAGAUGUGAUGGCAAGAGCUAGAACAGAAGGAGGGAGGGGAUGGUUGACGCAGGAGGAAAUGCAUUGUUUUCGCAGCGCUCUGGAGGGAAAACCUGAUGGCCAAUCCUCCCCAGAGCGCACAGGCCCUACUUCCGUGGAACAAGCCCCAAACCCAUCAGUGACCAGUCAGCGGGAGAAGAGAGUUGCUAGACCACCCAAAAAGAAGUUUCAAAAGGCUGGGCUUUACUCUGAUGUGUACAAGACUGACGAUCCUCGCAGUCAGCUGCUACAACUAAAGAAGGAGAAGUUAGAAUACACUCCAGGUGAACAUGAGUAUGGCCUUUUUCCUGCCCCCAUUCAUGUUGGGAAAUACUUGAGACAGAAACGCAUUGAUUUCCAGCUGCCUUAUGACAUCCUGUGGCUUUGGAAACAUGAUCAGCUCUACAAGAGACCUGAUGUACCUCUCUACAAGAAGAUCAGAUCCAAUGUCUAUGUGGAUGUGAAGCCUCUUUCUGGCUACGAAGCCACUACCUGUAACUGCAGGCUGCCUGAAGAGCACAGUGAGAAGGGCUGUCAGGAUGACUGUCUAAACAGGAUGAUCUUUGCUGAGUGUUCUCCAAGUACAUGUCCUUGUGAUGAUCAAUGUGAUAACCAGCGUAUCCAGAGGCAUGAGUGGGUGCAGUGCCUCGAGCGCUUCCGGGCUGAAGGGAAGGGCUGGGGGAUUCGAACCAAGCAGCCCCUACAUUCCGGCCAAUUCAUCAUCGAGUACUUGGGAGAAGUGGUCAGCGAACAGGAAUUCAGGAGUCGCAUGAUGGAGCAGUACUUCUCCCACAGUGGCCACUACUGUCUGAACCUGGACAGCGGCAUGGUCAUCGACAGCUACCGCAUGGGCAACGAGGCUCGCUUUGUCAACCACAGCUGUGAGCCCAACUGUGAGAUGCAGAAAUGGUCGGUGAAUGGAGUGUACCGUAUUGGUCUGUUUGCUUUGAAAGACGUCGACAGCGGAACAGAGCUGACAUAUGACUACAACUUCCACUCCUUCAACACAGAAGAACAGCAAGCCUGCAAGUGUGGCUCAGAGGGUUGCCGUGGCAUCAUUGGCGGCAAGAGCCAACGAAUCAAUGGGCUGCCUGGGAAAGGGGGCGGAUCAGGGGGCGGAGCCCGGAGGCUGGGGAGACUGAAAGAGAAACGCAAGUCCAAACACUCACUGAAGAAACGGGAGGAAGAGUCCAGUGACAGCAGCAAGUUUUACCAGCACCUUUUAAUGAAGCCUAUGUCAAACAGAGAGAGGAACUUUGUGCUGAAACAUCGAGUGUUCCUGCUGCGGAAUUGGGAGAAGAUGCGGGAGAAACAGGAACUUCUUAAGCGAGAGGGAGAGCGAGAGAGGGAGAACAGUGGUUUGUCUCUUUACACACGCUGGGGAGGAGUCAUCCGCGAUGAUGGCAACAUCAAGUCAGAUGUAUUUCUGACUCAGUUCUCAGCGCUGCAGACGUCACGCUCUGUGCGCACACGCAGACUUGCGGCAGCCGAGGAGAACACGGAAGUUACACGCACUGCACGCCUGGCACACAUCUUCAAGGAGAUAUGUGACAUGAUCACAAGCUACAAGGAUUCAUCUGGUCAGACUCUUGCUGCUCCGCUGCUUAACCUACCUUCUAGGAAGAGGAACGUACAGUACUAUGAGAAGGUCACCGAUCCGCUAGAUCUCAGUACCAUAGAGAAGCAGAUCCUCACUGGGCACUACAAAACCGUCGAGGCAUUUGAUUCGGACAUGCUGAAAGUGUUUCGUAAUGCUGAGAAAUAUUAUGGCCGUAAGUCUGCUGUGGGUCGUGACGUGUGCCGGCUGAGGAAGGCGUACUACGGUGCGCGUCAUGAGGCUGCUGUUCAGAUUGAUGAGAUUGUGGGCGAGACUGCCAGUGAGGCCGACAGCUCUGAUUCGCUAGAGAGAGACCACGCCCACCAUCACCAUGAUGGAGGGGGCAGCCAUGACAAAGACGAUGAUGUGAUCCGCUGCAUCUGUGGCAUGUACAAGGAUGAAGGACUCAUGAUCCAGUGUGAGAAGUGCAUGGUAUGUGCUCAUACUUAAGAUUAGGGAUUUGAAUCCCUAAUCUCCCUGUUGAGGAGAGCUCUGUGGCAUUACUUUUCAAAGUGACCAAACUAAAGAUUUUCACCUGGUAGACUGUAAAAUUGGCCAGGAGUGAUCAGAUUUCAUAUCUAGGUACCUGAAUAUUAAAGAGGCUUGGGAAUACAGUCUUUUGACUUGUCAUAAAAAGCAACCAUCUAGAAACACCAUACCAGCUACAUUGCAACAUCCUGGGGGUGGGCAAUAUGUCCAA